UGUCAGGGUGAGUGUUGAAGUGUUAUUCCCACGCAUGGCCGGCAGAGAGCAGCACGUGCACCCUUUCCGCCUGCUUCAUGUGAUACUUCUCUGUCACAGUGGUUGACAGGGACUGGCAAGCUGGUGCACUUUUUGGGGAUUGUUGAUAACAUGUCUCUGUACCGAAAUGCUAUCUGGUUUUUGAAUGGAAUCCACCAAUAUACAAGGAAGGGACAUGAGGCGGCAUCUAAAGACUUUGAGCCCCAAGACCUGAAUGUGUCCGUUGUCGGAAGGUCUUUUAUGAUCACCGGAGCCAACAGUGGAAUUGGCAGAGCAACAGCCAUGGCUAUAGCCAAGAAAGGUGGGACAGUCCACCUGGUGUGUAGAAACAAAGAUAAAGCAGAAGAUGCCAGGGAGGACAUUGUCAGUGAGUCUGGGAAUAUGGAGGUAUACAUCCAUAUUGUGGACAUGUCAGAGACACGCAAAGUCUGGGAGUUUGCAGAAGCCUUCAAGAAGCAGCAUCCAUCCUUGAAUGUGUUGAUAAACAAUGCAGGGUGUAUGGUGCACAAGAGAGAGGUGAAUGCAGAGGGACUGGAGAUAAACUUUGCCACCAACACUAUGGGCGUGUACAUCCUCACCCAGAGUCUCAUACCACUUCUACAGAAGAGCCGGGAUCCGAGGGUGAUCACUGUGUCCUCGGGAGGCAUGCUGGUCCAGGAACUCAGGGUUGAUGACUUGCAGUCAGAGAGGGGCUACUUUGAUGGUGUCAUGGUCUAUGCCCAGAACAAGAGACAGCAGGUGGUGCUGACACAACAGUGGGCUAAAGCCAACCCAGUCAUUCACUUUUCUGUGAUGCAUCCGGGCUGGGUAGACACACAAGCUGUUUCUACAUCAAUGCCUCAGUUCCACCAGAUGAUGGGGGAGAGGCUGCGCAGUGUAGAGCAAGGAGCAGACACUGUUGUGUGGUUGGCCUUGUCUAGAGCUGCUGCCAGAACACGCAGCGGGCAGUUCUUUCAAGAUCGUAGGCCUGUUCCCGCCCACCUGCCUCUGGCCUGCACUCACAGUUCUGCUAUAGAGAUUCAGAGUUUCAUGACUCAGCUGGAGACUCUGGCCAGAGCCAUUCAGUCACAACCUGAUGCAGAGCUCAACAGUCCCAUGGGCCCUUCCAGACCGCAUUUUGUCUGAAUCGUGAUAUUAAUGUCAUUGACCCAUUAAAGCAUUAGUUACAGUAAGAUACAUUUCUGAAACAAUUGGCAUAUUUAUCAUGUUUAGUCUUGUUUGUCUAAUGUACCUCCUAAUUCUACCCAUUCAUUUUAAAGACAAAGCCAUAUGUUCAGGACAGUGCAUGGCUCAGUGUCACCUGUUUUAUCUGUGAUGUCAUCAUGUGUUACCUGGACUGUCAGCAUUGAAAAUGUCAUAAACUAUUGAUUUAAAGACAAAAGUAAUUGAAUUGGAUUCAAUAUCUCAAUAGCUGUUACUGAAUGCAUUUUAAAACGUGCGUGUCUGUUAUGUAGAUGAUUUUCUGCUGAAUGUGAUUUGGAUUUUUGACUUGAGGCUGACAGGGAAAAGUGUAUCAGUGUUCGCACAGCAGUCUGCAGUGCUUACAUUUUAGAUGUGCAGUACAUACUGCUCCCCUUUGUGUUGACACCUCUUAAGUGGUUAGAUAUUUGCAUGAAGGGGUAAUUAUAAUGCAACAGUAAAAACUCAGUCUAAUGGAUGUAAUGUGAGAAAUCACUGUCAUCUGCUCCCGUUCAAAUUGCUCAGUCCUCACAAAGAGCCAUUUUGUGCUCAAAAUAUUGUCCUUUUCUUCAUGUAAUAAAGGAUACGUUUUAACCGGA